UGUUUCAUUCUUCUGUGUGUGCGGCUACUUAAGAUCAUACACCUCGCUUCUAAGCACUCGAAAUCAGUAAAGCUUACACAUAUCUUAAAGACAUUGAUCUCCUCAAGAGCAUUUAUCCUGGAUCUUCCUCGGCACUGAAGAUAUUAACUUUUCAUUUCAUAUUUAGGAGUCAAAUGCUAACGAUUUUCGGAAUGACACACUAAUAUGCUGCAACAACUAUGAAAAAUGUAUUUGGAUAAUUAACUUGUAAGGAAUACCCAAAGCUCUCCGAGGACUCUUCGAUGUGCAGUAGGACAAUGGAUUUAAUUAAUAAUUUACAUUUUAUCUAGCGACAGAAAAUUGUUGCCACGCUCCAAUGGUAAAUGAAGCCUAUUGUAUUCUCGCUGACUGCUAUAUCUAUUUUCGUUUUGAACAAGAACAAUAUUAUGAUCGUUUCCGAACUAAAUCAGUCUAGGUAAUUUGCAUUCUAUGCAAGUAUUGACAAUGGACGAAACAACGGCAACUCUGAUCGAAGCUUUGAGGGCACAAGUUUUAAAGAAAGGCUAUGGAGGAAUGAGAGGUCUGGCUCUAGCUUUCAAAAGUCUCGACAUCGACUUUUCAAAGAGAAUUGUCUUUGAAGAACUGAAAAUAGGUAUUGAGUCUUAUGGGAUACGAAUGUCAGAAGGAUACCUGCGGAGAUUAUUCAAAGCCCUGGACAAGGAUAACAGCGGUGGCAUCGAUUUUUUGGAAUUUAUGAAGGCAUUGGAGCCACCCAUGAAAUCCCACAGAAAGGUGGUCAUCAAUGAAGCGUUUGAUAAGCUCGAUGUCACGAAGGAUGAUGUUUUGAAUGUUGAAGAUAUGAAGGUGGUGUAUGCAACCAAUGCUAGAAGCCAUCCGAAAUAUCAGUCAGGAGAAUGGACAGAGGACGAGGUACUCCGAAGUUUCCUUGACAGCAUCGACACGCCCGGUAACCCGGAUGGGAAAGUCACACGUGACGAAUUCAUGAAUUACUACGCCGGAGUUAGUGCAACCAUAGACGAUGACUGUUACUUUGACUUAAUGAUGCGAUCCUGUUACGGCCUUCCACCUAAGAGUUCACAAUCAAAGAAAAGACCGCAAUGAUUAAAAAAAAUAUACUCCUUAUGUCAAUUAAUGUUCAUCAUUUCAGACCACUUUAAUAGUGUAUUCUAUUAUGCAGUGCACUAGUUAUUCGUCGUCAGAUUUUUACAUUUGUAGAGGCAACGCAGCUAAAGUCAAGUUAUAUUACAUUGUAUGUUUUAAUUUUUUUCACACGAAAGCAUUAGCCAACUUUAGAAUUCAAAUAACAUGUUUCUAUUUAUCACUAACAUGGGUAAUAAGCUGCAGAUUGUUGCUUAGCCCGUUUUCUGAAAAAAAAUAUAGAAAUAAUAUUUUGAUUUGUUAUUAAUACAUAGGCAUUGAAUGUGUCUUUUCCUACGAUUCCAAUCACAAGAUAUAUAUUAUAAGCAUAUUAUUAAAUGUUAUAAAUAGUUAUUGCAUAAUAGUAAUUAACUGCUUCAAAGAAAGAGAGAAAUUGUUUAUGAACUUUUGUUGUUUAUAUGUAUAUGGGAUAAGUAAUUAAUAUGUUGUCACAGUUUUGUUAGACUAUCCGAUAUUUUAUCUAAUUAUACUUUGUAAACUAUUUGUAUAUAUUUUUAACUCAAGACACAUGCACGAUUAGCAAACAAUCGCGUUUCUUUUUUUUUUCUUUUUAUCGUACAGAUACAAUAAUUAUUUUAGUUAUUAAAUGGUGUACAGUCAUAUUAUAAUAACUUGUCGUAAACUCGUGUAGAAAACCAACAACUCAUAAUCAGGAUAAAGAAUUUGAUUAUUCGCAGAUUAAAAUAACCAAAGUUUAUAUUGCAUAAUGUCCUUUCUGCUUUAUAUACUCGUACAGUUAGAA